AUGGCUAUCGCGCAGAAGACAGACAAGGUGCUCAUCAUCGGAGGUGGUUGCUUCGGGUUGAGCACCGCGUACCAUCUCUUGAAGCGUGGCUUCUCCGACGUCACUGUGAUAGACCGGUCGGCCACUCUUCCUGCGCCCGAUGCUGCCAGCACCGAUCUGAACAAAAUCGUGCGCACGGCCUAUAACGAUAUCUUCUAUACGAAGCUUGCGCAGGACGCCAUCGCCGAGUGGAAGAACGCCGAGGUCUGGGGUGACACCUAUCACGAAUCUGGCGUUCUCGUGCUUGGCUCACCGGAGCAGUCCGCUUAUGCCGGCCUUGCGUACGAGAACGACAAGGCCAUCGGAGCACGAUUGACCGACCUGCCCGACGUCACUGCAAUCAAGAGCGUUUUCCCUUCGACCGUGUCCGUCGCGGACUUUGAAGGUCAGAAAGGAUACUUUAACGCCGAUGGAGGCUGGGCCUUCGCGGCUCAGGGUGUGGAGCGUCUGCUUGAGCAAGUUAAGAAGCUUGGCGGGAAUGUGAUACCCGGCAAAGCAGCGACGGAAUUGACGAAGAAGGAUGGGAAGGUAGUGGGAGUGAAGUGUGCGGACGGAGAAAGCUUCGGUGCGGACGUAGUGGUCAUAGCUUCGGGUUCUUGGACUGCGUGCUCCUUCCCAGAGCUUGAUCUUGGCGCGAGAUGCCUAGCCACUGGGCAGGGCCUCGUCACCCUGCAGCUUACCCCAGAGGAGGCAGAGCGGUACAAGGACGUGCCUGUGACUCUCGACAUGGCCACCGGCUUCUACACGUUCCCCCCGAAUCACGAGAACAUCGUGAAGAUCGCUGUCCACGCGACGGGGUACAGCCGCUACGUCGAAGGACCGUCUAACCCCACCAAAAUCUCUACCCCGCAAACUAUAACGAGCCACGGCGAAGCCGGACUGCUGAUUCCGCGGGACGUCGCCCGCUUCCUCCGCGAGCGCUUACGCGCGGUAUACCCGGAGCUCGCGCAGAAGCCUUUCGUGAUGACACGGGUGUGCUGGUAUACGGACUCGCCUGAUGGAGACUGGGUCAUCGGACCUCAUCCAUCCGCUCCCAACGUCGUGCUUGCGACUGCGGGCAGCGGGCACGCUUAUAAAUUCUUGCCUGUUAUUGGACGCUUGGUUGCCGACCGUCUUGACGGAUCGAUGUCACCCGAAGUACAGGAUAAAUUCGCUGCGGAUCGCGAGUUCGCCAAGGAGGACCUGUCACGUAGGAAGGAAGUGCUCAAGGAUCUUGGGAGUGUUGAGAUGUGCACGGCGGAAGAUCUGCUUCCCUGA